AUGACACUUAAACUUCUUCUCAGUCUCCUUUUUGUCGUUUGGAAGUGCACAUUAGCGGAAGAUUACAAUAACCAUUAUUUAGCGACAAAAGACAUUGGUAAAAAUGGGGAAAUACACUGACUUUCGAGGCUAUUUUCUGAAUUUCAGCAACUGUAAACUUCUGCUCUCAUGACAGCUAUUUGAACGGUGCCUGCACCUGCGACGUGGAUUACAAUGGAAAUUUCUGCUUGAACCGGAAGUGUCGAAACUUUGGAUUCAACGGAAGGCUCGGUACUGAUGGCCAAGGAAGCAAGGGUGUUGUCGACCGCUGCAUCUGUCCUCCAGGCUUCCUCGGUCGAAACUGUGAACCCGGUAUGAACUUUUAGUGCCGUGUUAUCUUGUCAAUACUAAGUUCAGUGGCAUGCGUGGAUGGCAGCCAGCAAAAAUACUCGAGUUCUAAGGACGAAAAGUCGAUUUCUCUUCUUGCCACAUACAACACUCAGAUGACAAUAAAUUGGAAAAGUGGAAGCAUCGGAGAUAUUGUUUGCAACUACACCGGCUAUUGGAGAAACUUCAACUACAAUUUCAAUAAUCUCGGAUAUUCGAUCGUAUUGGAAACUUUGAAACUGCAAACCAACUGUUUUUACAGGGAGCAACUGACUCGUAUGAGAUUUGCAAAACAAGUAUUUCACGAUAUCUCGAUCCGGAUACGUGCAAGGAUGAAGAUAAUAACCCGAUUGACUGUCAGCAACUGAACAUCGAUAACCUCGACACAUUGGUUCAAAAUGCACCUCCAAAUUCGAUUGUAGGUGUUUAGAACUGAAGUUUAGAACCAUCCAUAAAUUUGAAGGUAUUUGUCGUGACCAAUAUGAAAGUAGCAUCUACUGAUGACGCAGUAGCUGAAAACAUCAUUGCCACUGCAAUUGCGAGAAGAAUUCAAGUAAUUAUCAGACUUGAAAGAAGAUCAGUUAGCGUUACUUUUUCAGAUCAACGUGGUUGUGUACAACAACACUUUACCACUUUUGCUUGCCAGUGACCCCAGUCUUACGUACUUGAGCAAAAUUGCAUCAGCGACUUUCGGAACCUUUGUGCUCCCAAGUAUCGCGUCCACCGACGAGCAAUACGGAGUGAGCUUUUCAUUCUGACUUGCAGAAAAUUAAUAUUUACCGUUAAGAUUGUGAGCACGCUUCUUGACUUCUGGAACCAGGAUAUCGGCGUGUCCACAAUAUUGAGCAAUGCAGUUCCAAGCUUGCCUGUUGAUACCACAAACGAUUUGUUUUUUGGCGCACAAACGUAUCAUGGAGAAAGUGAUACUCAUUAACAAAACAUAUAUUUUGUUUCAAUUCUUCAGAUUUAAACAUCAAUGCGGAUUCUCCAACACUUGUGAGGAAGACUGAUUUUUGGCAACUUUACAAGUACAUUUGAGAGUUUUCGUGAUAUUUUUAAAGAGUGUAAUUUUUUAGACUGUCUGCUGGAACAUUUAAUCCUCUAUUAACAGUAACUGGACAGGUGGAUGGAACUCCAAUCCUCGUUUUUUCUGGAAAUCGGCUGAAAGCUUAUUCCGCAUUCACUAGCACUUAUUUAGAAGAUAUGUUAACUGUUGAUGUGGCAUACGGUACCUCGGUUAAUGGUAUUAUUUCAUAAUCAUCCAGAAAAGAGCCGACAAUGGUUGCAGGAGCUUCCUAUCCACUUGUUAUCCGGCUCGAAUCUACUGACGGAGUUCUUGAAGGGGCUGACGGCUUCCGCACUUUCGGAAAUCCAGAAACGUUCAACCUCGGAAAUAGCAUUAAUGCGAGGAUUGGCUGUCAAUUCAAUAUGUACACGGAUGCCAAAUGUACUGCUGUUGGAGCGUCAGUUGUAACUGUGAGUUGAACGCCGUUCUCCUUCUUCUGAAUAAAACAGUGUUUCAGAUCAUUACUCCGGGCAACAAACUUUCCGUCUCUUUCCCAAUCUAUUGUGCAAGUCAAAGCUACGCUGGUAAGCAAUCUGACAAAAAGUUUACUUGAAAAUUUGUUGCAGAAAAAGUUUAUAACAAUUUGGAUAAGGAGGUAGUUGCCUUCACGCCUCUGGUCGGGGGACAAUCUUUCUCAGCUGGUGUUUUUUUCGAUAGUUUUGUGUGUUUUCAUGCAAUUUUUUCUAGAUAUUUCAUGCAGCAACGAAAUCGGAUACGAAAGAUAUGGCGAACGAAGUUUUGUGAUUAUCUGUGAAAACACAAGAGAUAGCAACGAAACAAUGUUAUUCAACCAAAAAUUCUCGUUCUAUUCUAUAAUUUUCAGCUCGUCUGUUGACAACGUCUUCAUAAACGAAAAUAGCAUUUUUUAUCCGCUCACCGACUACCUGACCGCUCACCGACUACCUGAAUCUGUCCGUUACAGCGAUUUCAAAGCGACACUUACUAAUGAAGCUGCGUACAAAUUUGAAGUAACACUAUACAACUACUAUUAUCUAACAAUGCAAAAACUGUUUCAGCAAAAUGUUGAUUACGGAACGUUUAUGACGCUAGUGAUCAACGCAACAAGGACAAGUGUUUCCAACGCUGGAAUCCAUGCAUCUAGAAAUUUCUCAAUUACUGAUUUGCUGAUUCAAACUAUUAAGACAUCGAAUCCUUACUCUGGUAUAUUCAAAACACAAUCAACACAAAUGUUCGCUUUUCAGACAUUUUCUUUGUUGUGAACUUUGAUAUUAUUGUACCAGAAGAUGAAAACGAGCAAACUUAUAUUAAAACUGCACUAGCAGAGAAACGAUCCAGAGUAUUAUUUUGUGAACAAAUUUAGUUGAUCAAUUCAUAUCAUUCAGCUGUACGUCAUUUUUGUUCAAACUUAUGGAACAGUUCCAAAUAACGUGUACAAAUACGUAAAUGAUUUGGCGGUGGCAAGUGGAGGAGUGGCAGUACGUUUGAACGGAUACGAUGACAUGAGAAGAGUAAGUUUGGCUUACGUUUGAUUAUUAAUAAAACAGACCACAGUUCUUUGUGCAAUAUUAUUCACUUCUGGUUAAUAACGACAUUGUUGCCAAAAGCUACGCAGAAAACCAAAGGGCUGGAAUUGCCCUGAAUAACGUUUACCUUACAACUGAGCAACAUGUCCUCCUUGUUACUAACGAAGAUCUUACUGGCAAUGGAAGUGUUAACGGUUUGUCGUAAUGCAAUCUCUUCUCGACAAAACUAGUAGUGUUCCAGCAAGCGUCUCAGUUGAAGGACUCAGCGUUAAAGCAUUAGAACAGAUUGGUGAGCUCCAAUUGUUCACAUUGACUCCAAAUAAAUCUGAAAUCUACAAUAUACCGGUAGUUUUCUCGACGUCCGGUCUUGCUCAAUGGGUAAAUUUACAAAAAUUGACUGAGAACAUGACAAAAGCUGUUUUAAGUCUAACGCCAUCUUAUUGUCGAACACGAACACUACACAAUCGAUCAGUUUGUCAUUCGUGGACAAAAAUGGAAAAAACCGCAAUGAUGUUGAGUACGGAGGUAGAAUUAAAACUGAUCGGAAGUCAUUUGAAUAAAAAAAAACAAAAUAAAUUUUCAGUAGGAGAAUUUGUUCCAUUCUUCUAUUCAACAGAACCAUUUGGAGAUGGCUCAACUGUUUCAAUCACCUAUAGUGACGCACAAAACCCUGCUAAGGUAGCUGCAAGUUUACAAAUACUCAGUGCUAAAUUUGUAUUUGCAGCCCAUCUACACUGGCAACAUCACCACUGCUGCAGACGGAUGUGAUCGCAAUUACUAUAACUGGACAACUGAUUACAAAUGGAUUUGCAGUGUUUCCGGGGGACUUUAUCAUUUUAAGGUGUUCUGUGGAGAAUCGCACUAAUAGAGACAGUGAGAAUUCAGAUCGAUAGAUUGAGCGACAGCGGAAAUAUCACUCGAACUUUCCCGAUCACUUGUCUUGGCGCAUCUUCAGGAGACUGUUUGAACGGGGGAAUCGAAUCUGUAACAGCUCGUUUUCAUUUUUGUUCGAACUCUAAGUUUAGGCUAAUGGUUGCAGCUGUCCAUUAGGAUGGUCCGGACAACUUUGUGAAAUUCCUGUCUGUCAGAAUGGAGGUAUCGUCUAGGAAAACAACUUAGAGUCAAUCGUUUCGAUUUCAGGAUCCGUAACAACUGCAAACACAUGCGACUGUGCACCACUUUUCUCUGGCGACUUUUGUGAAAUUCGUAAUUUUGUUGAAUUGUAUUUUUUUUGUGAAAUGUCACAUUAACAGAUAAUGCAAUUUGUUCUUCUUCGCCAACAACUCCGGACUACCGUUCUGACUUGUCGUCCCUGACAAUUGUUGCUGAUGUUCAAGCUUUAGCAUUCAGCAAUUUGACAACUGGAUUGGACAUUACAGGAAUACCAAUCAAUGUCAUCAUUUGUGAGUUGUACCUUUUUUAGUUUCAAACAUUUCGCAGUUUGCAGAUGGUGAUGGAAACAGUCCGAGACUAGUUCAGUCUACAACAAACGGUCAGCAUCUUGUUGAAGUUCUUGGAACUCCCUCGAACGUUGCUACACCUCCUCCAGGCACUCCGGACUCUUUGUACGCAGCACUCAAUCUUGCACUGGAUCGCCAAGUAAUUGUUUUUAAAAUACUUCGUAACUAUUCGUAAAUAUCCUUCAGAUCACUAACCGAGCAUUCAUAGUAGUGCUCACUUCCAAUCCCGACGCGAAUAUUGACGGAGAUUUUCUGAUCCGUCUUGCAGCGAAAAGGGCUGAAAUCAGAGUAUUGUCUACUGCUGAUUCUACAACUCUCAGUGAUAACUAUCUCACACUCUCGCUGAUUGGAAACGGAAUUCCUAUUCCAGUCACGUCGGCAAAAGACUUUGAAAAUGUAAGUUGUUGAGAACACACAUCAUCCAUAUUAAUUUACUAUUUAGUACAUGCACAAGUACAUUGCUCCGUUGUUCCAAUCGCUGCAAUAUGCGAAGGGCAUUCCGCAAAGAGUGUUCAAUGUGUUCGCAACGGGAACUAUAGGAAGUGAUGCAGUCAAAGUUGUCAUUCCACCAGAUUCUACUUUCGACGAUGCUAAUGUCAUCGCAUUUGUGCACGCUUACAAAUGUUUCAUUGAUAACGGUAAAUGUUUAUUACUAGUCCCGAUUCUUUAAAAUUAUUUCAGAUGGACAGUUCGUGGUUGGAGACACUCGGAUUUCUACAUUCAGUUACAAUGCUAAAGGCAAGAGAAACUGAGAAUUGCAAUUGAAUUUUACACUUUUCCAGACGGAAAAUCAUUCGAGUUAACAGAAGUUAACCCCGGUACCAGUGGACUCUAUCUAGUGGAGACAGUUAGCUACCUGAAAGUAAUCAAAAUUCAUGCAAUUAGAAUUUUGAUAAAGCGCAUGCUUUCCAGACAGCUUAUGGAUUCAACAACGAUACGAAUGGAGAAAAUGAAGAGCUGAACGGUGGAAUCUCUAGCAGCCAGAAUAACGUGCUGGCGAUUUCUUCGGCGCCCUACACCAAUCUUCCUGCUUCAAGUCCUGAAAAUCAUCCAUUCCUCUCCAUAAGAGAAAUCACAUCUAACGGGACACUUACAAACGCGUCCACGAUUUUCUUCACUAGGAAAACGGAUGCGUCUUGUUUCUUCAAACACUUCGCUGUUCUGAAUGUUUGCUCCGCGUCUUCAAUCAUUGGAUACCAAGUUCAGGUAUUUUAGUUUCUUGUACAAUUAUUGAAAUCAAAAUUGGUUUUUUUCAGCUUACAACUCGAACUAACACUUUGGAAAACCGCCAGCAGCAAUUUGUUUUAACCUGUCACAGAACAAGUGAAAAACAUGAAGAAACCAACAUUUUCAGAAUAUUUUUUGCAGAAUACAACAACAAUAGCACAUCUUGCGGAGGAAAUGGGUCACCUUAUUUGUCCUGCGAAUGUGAUCUGGGAUUCACUGGAAUCGACUGUUCUCAGCCAAUCUGUCAGAACGGAGGAAUUCGCGACGUGUCAGUCUGUCGCUGUCCAGUCCAAACUUAUGGACGUCGAUGCGCAGAGAGUAAGCCAUGCAUUUAAUUUAAUUGUUGCAAGUGUGUCUCACAGGUUUCACCCCGCUUCCGCCAUCGACUACACCUACUACUCCAUCUGCAGGUUAGCUUUUUCGGAAUUAUAAUGAACUGAACUUUGAUAACAGGCGGUUCUACAACGUCUCCAUUCUCUGACUCAACUGGAACUACAGAAACUCCAGUUUUUUCCACUGUAACGACUGUCGCUCCCCAGGAAGUUCGCGCAGUUGCUUUUGUGAUUGAUGUGAUUGGAAGUGAUGAAUAUGCGUUCAAUCAGAGUACAGUCAGUUUUCGCAGUGAAGAAAAGUAGCGUUAAAAGCUUUCUAUUUUUAAGCAAGCAAUUGUGGAGUAUGUCAAGGCAUUUAACUAUGUGCACUACGUUAAUUUGGUCGCAAAUUGGAAUAACUCUGUGUCGUUUGGUUUCCAGAAGUACGAGAAUGAAGCCAAUUUGACCGCUCGACUCAACCUUUUCUUUAGUCUGCGAGAUCAACCGUCGAAAGUGGCGAGUUUGUCAAAGUACGGCUGUUAUAAAGUACUUUUUGAGUAUCAAUUUUCUUCAGAUCAUUGUCAGCUGUUCUGACCUCAUACAACCUCCAUAAGCCAGAAUUGGUUGACUCUGAAAGCUCGAAUAUUUUCUACAGUACACAGAUUGCGUACAAGAUAGUUUUUAGUUCAAUUUCUACUUUUUCUUAAUUUACAGACUUGCUGCCGAUGACGAUCCGACUGAUUCUUUAGAUGGACUGGAUUCAUUCCAAAAGAGGUGAAAGAGAGAUUUAAUCCAGAUUUGGUCAACCCGUUGAGUUUUCAGUUCUGUGGUGUUCUCUCCAUUCUCUCAGAAUGCCGAUUCGUCUAUUAUAGACUCGCUAAAAAAGUUCAGUGACAAUGUGACCAACGUGCGAGAUUAUUACAACGGCGUGAAAACAAUGCUUGCUAGUACUGUAAAUAACGAUUCUGCAGUUCUCCCUGACAAGCGUAGGAUCCAAUAUUUGAUGGAACAAUGAAACCAACCCAUUUUCAGCUUCACGUACAUGCGCGUUCGCAUUGCAAACUAACAUCAACAUUGCGAUCGAUCGAUCUUUGCCGCAAUCACCAACUAUUGCCGAAAAUGUGAGCUAAACAUUAUUUUGUUGCAAAUUUCAGUUUUUUUAAAUUCAAGUUGGAGACCUUCCUUUUGAAUUUCCGCCAAAACUUCAAUUACAUUGACAACGACGAGGCGAGAUGCGAUCAAGACUUGCCACGUUUCUACAACGGUACUUUCUUUCUCAAAUGUGUAGAACGUCUGUUCGCUUAUAGAAAGAGCUGCAAUCACUUCGUUCAUUUACUACAACAGUGUUGUCAAGACUUCAGCAUUCUGCCCUUCGCAGUACAACACUUAUCUGACUGCGACGAUCAAUGGAUCUGGAUUCAGUCCGGAUUAUUCUGAUAGGUAAAUGAACGGAAAAACAAAACAACAACGAACGGUUGGGUUGCAGAACAAUGAAAUACUUGGGAAGAAAUGUCAACAAAAUGGACUGCAGUUGCACCAGAUUCAACGAUACAGCCACGACCAAAUACUUUAUUUGGUUGCCAAGAUCCCCGUUAGUCAAGAAUGACAAUAUUCGCAAACAUUUCUAUUCUCAGAGCUCCACUCAACGAAACUUUCCAAGAAUACUUCAAAUUCACCACGACCAACGCCUAUCACUUUGUUGUUCCGUUCUAUGAAUCUGACAAAGUAAACCGGAAAUGGGGUACUUCAUUAUCAAACUGUUUUUGUUUCAGACAACAGAUUUGUUCUAUGAAAUUUUGAGGAAUCAAGGUGCAAACGACGCUGACUACUACAUGUUGCCGAAUGCGGCUGAAAACGACGUGAACAAAAUUAUUUCUUCUUUGCAAGAGAAACUUUGCGAGUGAGUCCGGUAAUCAUGAGUCUCAUGUUUUUCGUGAAUUUGUAGGACCGCCGGUUUGGACCCAACCGCGAUUCCACCUGAAUUGAGCCGAAUGCACUUUGAGAGUAGGCAAAAUGACUUCUACGACGAAUUUCUGGACUAA